AUGUCCUCGUCCGACCGCAUCAGACACAUCGCAUCGCUCGACGAGUUCAACUCGCUCCUCUCGUCGACGCGCUAUGUAGUUGCCGAUUUCUACGCCGACUGGUGUGGUCCAUGCAAGGCAAUCGCGCCCCAUUUCCAGCAGUUCGCCGCCGCCUCGUCAAUCGACGGCUUCCUCGCUUUCGCAAAGAUCAACGUCGACAAGGCCCCCACGGUCGCACAAAAAUACGGGGUCGCUGCCAUGCCCACAUUUCUCUUCUUCAAGGAUGGAAAGCAGGUCGGCGUGAAUGGCGCCGCUAUGAUACAGGGCGCGAACUUACCCAGCUUGAAGUUGGCUGUUGAAAAGAUGAGCAGGCUGGCCAAGGAGAAGGCUGACGCCGCUGCUGCGGAGAGCGCGUAG